AGUACCAGUUGUCGUGAUGCGUUAGGUUGAGUCAAACGUGUUUUCGUUUCUCUCGUCAAAAUAAUUGACUAAUUGAAAAGCUAAUCAACUGAGCGGUGAGUAAUGUAUCUCGGCACACUGCGAUGGGCAGCGAGGUCCGCCGUGUGACAUGAAAUUAUUUACUUUCAGUUUUCCCAAAAGGAAGUUAGCGCAAAUUAGACUGUGAGGCUGGAUGUGUGAUCAUGGAGGCCGGAGGUGAUGAAGAGGUUGCAGAUGGACAAAACGCUAAUGUUUGUCCGUCCGAGUCCAGAGACGAGCGGUCCAGUGAUAUAUAUCUUGCUUCCACUGACAUGGCUGUGGUUCAUCUGAAUGGGUCAGUGUCUCCAGAGAACAUGGAUGUGGAUGAAGAGGGUUUGUUCAAACACUCCACCACUCUGACCAACAAGCAGCGUGGGAAUGAGGUUACAGUACGCCCGGCAACAUUAGACUCUCUGUCCAUACACCAGUUGGCAGCUCAAGGUGAGGUUUCACAAGUGGCUGCACACCUGAGUAAAGACAGUUCACUGCUCAGCAAACAGGAUGAACGGGGCUUUACGCCUCUCAUGUGGGCAGCAGCGUUUGGAGAGAAAGCAGUGGUGGAUUUUCUCUUGGAGAAGGGUGCGGACCCCAAAACAAUUGCAAGGGAGCGAGAGAGUGCCCUGACACUGGCCAGCUCUGGAGGUUAUGUGGACAUUGUUGAGUCUCUUCUCAGACAUGGAGUGGACAUUAACACUUAUGAUUGGAAUGGUGGGACCCCUCUUCUGUACGCUGUACGAGGGAACCACAUCAAAUGUGUAGAGGCACUCUUAGCCAAAGGGGCAGACAUGACCAUUGAGUCGGACUCUGGGUACAGUCCCAUGGCCUUAGCUGUUGCCCUUGGACACAAAAAGAUUCAGAAAGUGUUGGAGGACCAUAUACUGAAACUCUACAAGCCACCAACAUGACAGUAAUUAAAAUUAAUAAAUGGAAAGGGCAGUCUGACACUGUUGAUCUCAGAUCUAAGACCAGCUAUCAUCAGUGGUGAGAUGACGACCUCCGUGACAAGAUCAAGUCAUUGUAAUGGAUCAGUACAUAUGCAGAGACAUUUAAACUAAACUGCAUUUUUAUUUUUUGAACAGUUUAUUCCAUUUGUAUGCAUUACAAUGUACAAACACUGUACAAACAAGGACUCAAAUGUGAUGGUUGUGCAGCAGAAUUAUUUUGUUUGGCUGAAGAGCAGCAGAAAAAGGUCUGUAAACAAGUUUUAAUAAAAAUGUAUUUUUA